AUGUCCUCCUCGAACGACGAUGGAUCGGUGCCCAACCCGUUCCUAGAAGAAGGUGAAACACCAGUCACCUCGUCGUCGCAAUCGCACUCGACCUCGACGCCCCACGACGACGACGACGGUCAUAACGACGAGCUCUCCACCGCCGUGGCAGAACCUACUUCGGCCGCGUACACCUCGACCGAACCUUAUCCACAGGACGCGACCGAGGAACAGCUCAAGGCGGCGACUGCGAGUGCGAAUGCGAAUGCGAGACCUAGGAUGGAUCUGAUUCAGGUCAGUCCGGCGGGGUGGCUCUCAUACCCGGUCCGCUGUGUAGGCAUGCUUGCUCACGGUGGGUUGGCAAUAAUGGCUCUUAGAUCGUGGAUGCGCUCAAGACGAGCGAAGGUGCGAAUGCGAGCUAUAUCGUCUACUGCGUCCGAUUCGAGGUCAGUCCGCCCUCCGUCGUCACCCGCGCGCAGCACUCCCCCCUGUCCCAUCGAUGCUGACCUUGAUCUUUCUUCUGCAAAACAUCAUCCAGGGCAAGGAAGCACGCCGUCGUUACUCGGACUUUGAUUCGCUCCGCCAAGCGCUCUGUCUCCUCUACCCAUGCUUCAUCGUGCCCCCUCUCCCCCCGAAGAACUCGCUCUCCUCCUACGCGCUCUCCGGCACCAAACCUUCCAAAGCCAAAGAGGAUGCCGCGCUCGUCGCGCGUCGUAAACGCAUGCUGGCGACGUUCCUCAACCGUACCCUCGCCCAUCGCGUACUAGGUGUCGAUCGUACGUUCCGCAAGUUCCUCGAUCCGGAAUGGCCCUGGAACGACGUGCUUCAGUCACCUCCCGUCACUCAGGUGCCCAAGAACCCGUUGAGAACGUCGGCUUCCGAUCCCACGAACGCCGAAUCCUUGGCCCUCUUCUCCACCCUACCCCUCCCUUCCACUUCGGCGAGUUUGCAUAACCCCGAUCAAAGGUUCUUGGAUUCGGAGGCGUUCACGAACAAAUUCUCGAACCACUUGGCCGGUACGAUGGAGAAGGUCAAUCGUAGGUUGAUGAAGAGGUGGAAUGAAGCCGCCGGCGAUUGGGCCGAUAUGGGUGGAGGGAUGAAUGGGUUCGCUUUGAGGAUGGGCGAGGAUGGCAGUGGAGGGUUGGACGAUGCGACCGAACGGGUUGGGAUGGCCGUUGAUGGUUAUACGAGUGCGACGAAUAAUAUGGUCAGUCCCCUACAUCGGGCGAGCGUGAGCGCGUAAGCUUUUUUAUAUUGAUUGAUUGGGUUUUGGAACGCCGUACAGUUACAAGCAUGGGAAAAGGACUUCACCGAACCUUUAUCGGAAUACACCCAAUUCUCCGCGAUCAUCAAACAACUCCUCAAAUACCGGCACCUCAAGCACGUGCAAUACGAAACGACCCGAGAGGUCUUGGAGAACAAACGAGGGGCUUUGGAGGAAUUGGAGAGGAGUGAGGUCGAGGCGCAGAGGUUGGAAAAGGCUUUGGAGAGGAUCAGGUUGGGUGGGGACGCGGGGCUCACGACGACGGGGGGUGCGACGGGGUCGAGGUUACUUUCGGGUGAAGGAGGGGAGGGAGAGGCGGUGAAUGUGGUUCCACCGCCUGUGACGACGAGUCCGAGGAAGGCGAGUACGGGCUUGUUGGGUGCGCUGAGUCAUACGCUUUCCGGGAUUGUGGAUAAUGAUCCUGAGGCGACGAGGAGGAACAACAUCACCAAGACGAGGGAAUCUAUCGCACAAGUACGUCCCGAGCCUGACCCAUUCUGUGCCCAAGCAAAUUUCCCCUCUAACGCUCCCCCUUCUUGGAUGCACAGUUGGACGCAGGCAUUAAAGCUCUUACUACGGACCUACGAUACGCCUCUUCAACGAUCCAAGCAGAUCUAGACCGGUUCCAGCGACAAAAAGUCAAUGAUUUGAGGGAGAUGUGCGUCGAUUUGGGCAAGGCGCAUCGGGAGUGGGCACAGAAGGUACGUUGAUAUUAACUUUGGGCGAUUCAUCAGGAGUUUGGGGGUUACUGAUAUCUUUUGUCGGUUCUGAUGUGGUAGAAUUUGGAGAUGUGGCAGUCGGCCAAAGAAGCGAUCGAGGCGAUCGACAUCGACUAG